GCCAUCGUCGUCGUCCACCGUAGAGCAACUCUUAAUUAUCAAUCAUGGCUGCCGUAGCACCGUCAUCGUCGCCUAUUACUCAGGUCUCUCAGCAGCCGGCGCAUACAAAUCUACAGCCUCAGCUGUUGACGCGCCUCCAGCUAGACUUGCGUGGAGAGCGCUUCUCCGUGGACCGCGAGACAAUCAUGAAUCUCCCCGAAUCUGUCCUGCUCUGCCUCUUUCCAAAUGGUCUUGUCCUGAGUAGGCAGAGCGUCGCUCUCUCCGAUGGCGGAGAAAACGAGGAAGAUGAGGAGCUUUAUGCCGUCGACUUUGAUCCCAAGUGUUUCUCCUAUGUACUCAACUUCUUCCGCAAUGCCUCGGACACUUUUUAUGGGACUGCCACUACGCCGGGUCUUUUUGCAGCUCAGCAACAUCUUGCCGAGAACGCUCCGGCAUCCGAUUUUGGCCCUUCUUUGUCUCAAAAUCCAUUGGUCACCAAGCAGGCAAUCAUCGUCCUGCGAGAGGAGCUCGAGUACUUUUCAAUUCCUCCCAAAGACGGAAAAGCCUCCACUGAUGCGACGGGCAUUGCGAAUGACGCGCUACUGGAGAUAAAGCGCCAAUGCGGCCAGGUUCUUCUGGAGAAGCGCAACAUCUUCACCGCUCUGCAGCGGAAUGUGAAUAAAGAGAACAACUUGGCAGAACAGCACUUGAUAGACAUGUUGUGCAUGAGUGGUUUUGAUCGGGAGGAUGAGUGGGGUUUCCGAGCGCUGGAGCCUUCGCGGUGUUGUAUCUCAUCGAUUGCGCUUGUCCUAUUGAAGACCGGCAUAGUCCAUAACGGGCCUCCUUAUCAGAGCGAACCUGCUGUCACCAUUGACUACAACCAGAUGGCGACGGCGCAAAAAUUGCUUCUUUUCUGGCGGAAACCUGCGCGCAAAUGUUGGUGGGAUGGUGUUGAAGUAGAACUCAACCGUCCUGGGCAAGAUCCGCUCAAUGUGAAACUGUGGGCCCGUCGUGUUUGGACAUUGGAACUCAGCUUAAUUUAGGAGACAGGAUUUGAUUUGAUUUUUAACUGUCCAUUAAAUUGCUCUCAGAUGGUCAUAUUAUUUGGUACUAUUCACAUACGUAGAUACCCCUCGCGCAUUCAAUGUAAACAGCACAUGGAAUCCAUGCUAUUUCUGAUUGAAUUAAC